UGGCCAACAAAACACCAAAAUUUUCCAACUUAUAAUAAUUUAAUUGCAAUUAAGUAAAUUGUAUUCAAUAAGCAAAAAAAAAAUUAAGACGAAAAAUCCAUAAAGUAGGAAAUGCAUUACAAAAAUAAACACACACACACAUACAUAGCUAGAACCAAAAUCAGCGUCAAGCAGCAAAUCCUUGUGUUUCAGCACUGUGCCAUAUACAUAGAUACACACACAUACAUACAUACAUGUGCUCAUAUCUAUGUAUAUAUACACAUUCAUACACAUGUUAUAACACCGUUCUAAUCUAUUCUCUUCUCUGUCUUUCUAUAUUUUUCUAGGUCAAGAUUUAGCGUUACGUGCCAAACGAAAGUGACAACAACAACAACAACGGAAAACCGGUUUUCAAUUACUUAGCAAAACUAAUCUAUUUUCUCUUUUGUCUCUCUUCUACACAGGAAAAUUCGGACGAAAUUCAGGACGAAACAACAAGCUCAAGCUCGCUACAAAAAUAACAUAUACAUAUAUAUUUAUUGCAACUGCAUUUGAACUACCUGCAGGCGACAAUUUACCAUUUCAGCCGUCAACCGUCGCAGCCACACAAGGAGAACACCUCGCCACAAGGCAUCUUGAUACAGAAGACAUGUCAGCGUUCAAUACUCAACACAAACGGCGCCAAGCGGCUCAAUGUGCGCAACACCAGCACAACCAUGGCGCCAGAAGUUGCAGCCCCGGGGCUGUCGCCACACACCAUACCCGCCGAGCCGCCACUCAAGCGCGGUAUUGUGCCACCGCAAAUGAAUCGAAAGAAUAUGUCCGUAACGGAUGUCUCCGAUAUGCUCAUCAAUUUGUACAAAACAAAUGUAGCUAAUGCACCAAAGAACCAACAGACCACAGCUUCGAAGUUCAGACAAACUUCGCCGACCUCUGCCGAGGGACACGAGCCGUCGAGUAUAGCGGCCAUAGCCACCAAAGGCGCUGCCGCCGCUGUGAAUGAGCCAAAAAACUUGCAAAUUGAUGAAAUGAUGACCGUUGCUAAUGAACGACAACAGCAACAACAACAAGCAACCACCAUGGUGGUCACGCCAGAUCUUAGCGUCACCGCUGAACAUGCAUCAUUUCAUCAAGCCAACACCGAAAAUGCGAAUAUAAUGAAAGUUAACCAAAACCCAAAUGUGGACAAUAAUACUUUGUACGGUCUUCAGGCCGGCGGAAUGCCCGCAAUGAGUGCCAUACCGACAUCGGUAGUGGUGGCACCGAAUGAUGAACCGCUGGAUAUAAAACCCGUUAUAAACCCACAAACCGGACAGGUGAUACCAAUGUUACCCAAUGCUGCACUCGGUGGUGUCGGUGCGUCGGUCAUAAAGCCAGUGCCAAAUAUGGUCGCCGAUUCCACGAUGCCUUCUUUGGCACCCUUGAAUAGCGCCUUGGAACGCGCGAAUGCCAUCAACAGCCAACAUAACAAUGCACAAGCUGGUGUUUUGCCUGGUGGUUGUGACGCCUUGCCACCGGCUGCCGUGCUUGCCGCUGCGCUGCUACGUGAUGGCUACAACAACUUCCAACAACAAUUGCGUACACAAGAGCUGUUCAAGAUGAAUGGCCAGGCCGAUGUGAAUAACGGUAAUGUAGUUGAUAGCAACGCUGCAAAUACACUUUCCACAAAAAUAUUGGAGAAUUUCUUACGUCAACGUCAUCUGAAAUCCGAAGGUGCCACAGAUAAUACAAACCCAAACGAAUCGGAUGCCGUCGAUGGCGAUGACGAAGAUGAUUCGCGCUAUAACGGUUUCGAUGACAUACACUUGAUUGAAGGCUCUAAGCCAAAUUAUAAUAAUAUGAGCGGUCUUUUGCAACCGGGUGGCGCUUCGUCAUCCUCACCGCAUUUGACCAGCUCAAAUACCGACUACAUGUCGGACGAUUCGCAAAAGUUCAUGUUCGCCGCACAGGCAUACCGUCACCUAGAAUAUUCACUCGGUGGUGAGAACUCCUUCGGCAUGAUGAGUGGCCACGAAAGCGGCAAUAACGAAAAUGGUACUGAAGGACCCGAACCCAUAUACGAGUGUCGCCAUUGUGGCAAGAAGUACCGUUGGAAGUCCACAUUGCGUCGUCAUGAGAAUGUCGAGUGCGGCGGUAAGGAGCCGUCGCAUCAAUGCCCCUACUGUCCGUACAAGUCGAAGCAGCGUGGCAAUCUCGGCGUGCAUGUGCGCAAGCAUCACUCGGAUUUGCCGCAAUUGGCAAGCAAACGACGCUCGAAAUACUCAAACAAAUUGGAUAGUGGCAAUAUUAGCGCAAAUGCUUCGGAUGACUCGUCCAGUAAAUUGGUUAUCGAUUGCUCUAAAUAACGGUAUCAUUGUUGGUACGAAAACGAAGUGUUGGCGCGUCUGCUCAGUGCGAAAUUUCCAAAUAUUUCUUAAAACAAUUGAGUGAAAAACGUUGAGUUGCAGUUUGACAGGCGCUGUCACAUUAUUAGAGACACUCGUAUAUAUGUACGAAGCAUUUUAAUCAAAAAUACGUAUGAGAUUCGUCGUUAUACACACUCGUACAUACAUACAUACUUACAAGCAGAUAUACAUAUAUAUUUGUUUUUGUAAUCUAUAGAAGAAGACUGUUUACGUUAAGUUUGGAGUUUACUGUGUGCUGAUAUUAUAUGCUCACAUGCAUACAUAUAUUUAAUUUAAACUUAAGUUAAUUGCAUAUUUACAAACACAACCUAAAAUUUAUUUCUUAAUUCUUUUUUACUUAUUACUUAUUACUUUAUAUUUUAUAUUUUAGUUUACAUAUACAUACACAUACAACAUACGUGCAUAUCGUGUAAGUGUCGACAAACUAUGUGCCUUUAGUAUAAGUACUUACGUCCAUGUCACUUUAGUAAGUGUUUAAUUCAUCUUUAAUUAUGCCACAUAUCCUGAGUUUCCAUUACGCUUACCCAUAUGCAAGGCAUCUUCAAACAUUUUCUUAUAAAUGUAAUUUCAUUUAUAACCUUAAACUUUUUUUGCAUACAAUAACUAACUUGAGAAUUAUAAAUGGCAAUUUCUCGUCGAAAAUGCCAAAAAGAAAAUCUAUAAAUACUAAACUCAAAGUAAGCUGAAAAUAAUGAUUUUAAUUUUAGAGACCAAAAACUAACCUUAAAAUGCUCACUCUGGAAUUUCGAAAAUUCGAAUUCGGCUGUUAUGUCUAAUUUAAGAAUGUUUUAUGAGCAUUGAACAUUUGUAGGUGAAUACUAAGUUGUUUUAUAUUUGUAUUAUACAGUAAAUAACAUACGCAGUAGUAGAAGUUGUAAUAUGGACUCGUUGAAGAAGGAAUAUUUUUUUUAUUUUUCAUUCAAAAAUCAUAAACAAUUACAAUAAUAAUAUACAUAUAUAAUAAAAAUAAAAAAUAUAAUAAUAAUUAAAUAAUAACAAUAACAUAAAAGUAAUAAAAUAUUUCUUUUUUAAAUUUUCACUUAAAAAUAACAAAAAAUUAUACAAAAUUACAAUAAUUAUAUAUACAAUAG